AUGGUUGAACAAAACGAUAAUUAUCUGAAACAAUUGGGUAUUAAUAUGAAUAACUUAGAAAAAGAAAUGGAUUCAGCUAUUGCCAAAGAAUCUAGAUAUUGGCUUGAAAAUGAUGCAAAAAUUAGAGCUGUUCAACAAGGAGUUCCAACUUAUGAUGAUUUUAGAGAGCUUGUCGCGGGAUGCCAUUUGAAGCCUCUGGAUCGCUUAGAACUGACCAAUACUGUUGGUCAAAGGUCCAGCUGGAACUAUUCAGCAAUAUUAUCAAAUAAUAAUAGCUUGUUUCUGGAAUCUGGAAUGAAUUCAACUAUCCCUAUGAUAUCCAUUACCACUCCACAGGAAUUCGUUGUACAGUGGCGUCAUAUCAAAUCACCAUCCGCUAAUACAAAUGGUGCUUUAUUAGAGUUAUUGUUCAAUCAAAAUAAUGAAGUAUUAGAAAAUCUUUUUAACACUGGACUGGGUGUGUCUUUUUUACCCGAAAUACUUUCAGUAUUAAAUCAUGCUGUUGAUAACACGGACACUAUAUUAUCAUCAUCUGAUUAUAAUAUCAACAUCGUAAUAUCCAAGGUUUCUAUGAUUCUUGAAAGUUUUCAAAAGUCUAAACAAUUUUCUUUAGCAGUCGAUUGUUUGCUAGAUAGUGAAAAAGAAACUGCACACCACUUAAUUCAAAAAAUUAAAGACAUCAGAGACAAACUUGGACUUUUUGAAGAUGAUGGUGAAACUUUGAGGAAAAUUGCGGAUACUUUUAAAUUGAGUAAUAGUCGUUAUGCUGUAGAUGAUGUUAGUCCCUAUGUCUAA